AUGAGAACUAAAGUAAUUAAUAAAAAAGGUGAAGAAAGUCGCCCAGUCGCUUUAAAAAAAAGUGUGGGUCGCUACGAAGACGAAAUAAUUUCCUUAGUGGAUUCCCGGCCUUAUGCGCGAACAACCAUAACCAAUUUUGACAAUUUGACAAGCUCGCAAAAAUCUUGUCAUGAAUUGUUGUCACAGUCUGUUGCUGAGUUAUCGACAAGUGGAUAUGAAUUUCAUAUCUCUGAUGAAGAGUUAAUCGAAUGUUGCACUAAAGCGGAAGAUACGAUGAAAGAAGUAAAAAAUAUAGAGGCUCCAGAAGAAAAAGAAACAAUUGUGGAUGUAGUAUUUGAGGACUCUCCAGAAGGAGGAGAAGACAACAAAAAGAAGACAAUAGUAGAUAUAAUAUUUGAGGACUUUUCUACAUCGCCUUUUAAUAGUCCUGUAGUAUCACCCGAGAAUAAGUUAAGGAAUUUGGAACGGUCCCCUUUAUAUAUAUUACGGGAAAAACCAAGGAAAAACUACAGCCGCGAUUUUAGAGAAAAGGCACAAUUGGCUCUUUUAUACGAUUAUACGCCAGAAAGAAAAGCUUCAGAUCGUGGUUAUACCGAGAAAGAGGAGACGUACAACGUAAAUCAAAGUAAGUUGUUUUUAAAAUCCGCUAUGAGACAAUAUUUAAAUUAAUCCA